GGAAGCAAAGCAGGGGCGCUGGGACUGCCCAGGCAGGCUGGAGGGAGGCAGCCCGGGCGCUGGGCAAGCGGCGAGGAGGAGUGCCAGCCCGGAGUCCGAGCGCAGCCGGGGAAAUGACAAUUGGCUCAGGAAUGCUACUUCUGCUGCUGCUUCCCUUCUGUGGCUCGGCGAGGGCGCACAAUGGGGAUCUUACAGUCAGACCCACUUGCAAGCCUGGCUUUUCAGAAGAAGAUUACACAGCUUUGGUUUCGCAAAAUAUCGUGGAAGGGCAGAAGUUACUCAAAGUGAAAUUUAGUGACUGUCCUGGGAACAACGGAAUUUGGUUCGAAACCAACAACUUGGACUUCAAAGUAAGGACAGAUGGGACCAUAUAUGCUGCCCACCAGGUGCAAAUCCCAUUGAAGCAGACAGUGUUUAUGGUAACUGCAUGGGACCACCAAACCCUAGAGAGAUGGGAGACAAUGGUCAGAUUACUGGUUGGGGAGAAAACACAGCACAAUGGACACAAGCAAAAAGGGAAGAAAAAUGCAUCUACAGAUCUUGCACCGCAACCGAGUGACACAUUAAUACCGUGGCGCCAGCCCCAGAACUCUAACGGGCUGAGAAGGCAAAAGAGAGACUGGGUCAUCCCACCAAUCAAUGUGCCAGAAAACUCAAGAGGGCCCUUCCCUCAGCAGCUGGUUAGGAUUCGUUCCGAUAAGGACAGUGAGAUCCAUAUCAGGUACAGCAUCACUGGAGUAGGAGCUGACCAGCCACCUAUGGAAGUCUUCAGCAUUGAUCCUGUGUCUGGCAGAAUGUAUGUGACACGUCCAAUGGACAGAGAAGAAAGAGCCUCCUACCAUCUGAGGGCACAUGCAGUGGAUAUGAAUGGAAACAAGGUGGAGAACCCCAUUGACCUCUACAUCUAUGUGAUUGAUAUGAAUGACAACAGGCCUGAGUUUAUAAACCAAGUCUAUAAUGGAUCUGUUGAUGAAGGAUCUAAACCAGGGACCUAUGUGAUGACGGUGACUGCAAAUGAUGCUGAUGAUAGUACUACAGCCAAUGGGAUGGUGAGAUAUCGGAUUGUCACUCAGACCCCACAGAGUCCAUCACAAAACAUGUUUACCAUUAAUAGUGAAACAGGAGACAUUGUCACAGUGGCUGCUGGACUUGACAGAGAGAAAGUUCAGCAGUACACAGUCAUCGUUCAGGCUACAGAUAUGGAAGGAAAUCUUAACUAUGGUCUCUCAAACACAGCAACUGCAAUCAUUACGGUGACAGAUGUGAAUGACAACCCACCAGAAUUCACUGCCAGUACUUAUUCCGGGGAGGUUCCUGAGAACAGAGUGGAAGUUGUGGUUGCAAAUUUGACUGUGAUGGACCGGGACCAGCCUCACUCCCCCAACUGGAAUGCUGUGUACCGCAUUAUCAGUGGAGAUCCUUCUGGUCAUUUCACCAUUCGGACGGAUCCAAUUACUAAUGAAGGCAUGGUAACUGUGGUGAAGGCUGUCGAUUACGAAAUGAACAGGGCUUUCAUGCUGACCGUGAUGGUGUCAAACCAAGCUCCACUAGCAAGCGGAAUCCAGAUGUCCUUCCAGUCUACAGCAGGAGUCACCAUUUCAGUCACGGAUAUCAAUGAGGCACCCUAUUUUCCAACGAACCACAAGUUGAUCAGGCUGGAGGAAGGGGUGCCCAUGGGGACGGCAUUGACAACAUUUUCCGCUGUGGAUCCCGAUCGCUUCAUGCAGCAAGCAGUAAGAUACUCCAAGCUGUCAGAUCCUGCAAACUGGCUGAACAUUAAUGCCACAAACGGUCAGAUCACUACGGCUGCUGUCCUUGAUCGAGAGUCAGUCUACAUUAAGAAUAAUGUCUAUGAGGCCACGUUCUUGGCGGCUGACAACGGUAUCCCCCCAGCAAGUGGCACUGGAACUCUGCAGAUAUAUCUAAUUGACAUCAAUGAUAACGCUCCUGAACUUCUGCCAAAGGAGGCACAGAUCUGUGAAAAGCCAAACCUAAAUGUCAUCAACAUAACAGCCGCAGAUGCUGACAUCGAUCCAAAUGUUGGGCCCUUUGUCUUUGAGCUGCCAACUGUGCCAUCUGCAGUCAGGAAGAACUGGACCAUAACAAGGCUAAAUGGUGACUAUGCCCAGCUCAGUUUGCGAAUAAUGUAUCUGGAAGCUGGCAUGUAUGAUGUCCCAAUUGUCGUGACGGAUUCAGGGAACCCUCCCUUGUACAACACUUCCAUCAUUAAAGUGAAGGUGUGUCCAUGUGAUGAGAAUGGAGACUGCACUACCAUCGGGGCUGUCGCUGCAGCUGGCCUGGGAACAGGUGCCAUCAUAGCGAUCUUGAUAUGCAUCAUUAUUUUACUAACCAUGGUCUUGCUGUUUGUGGUGUGGAUGAAACGCAGGGAAAAGGAGAGGCAUACGAAGCAACUUCUGAUCGACCCUGAAGAUGAUGUGCGGGACAACAUUCUGAAAUACGAUGAAGAGGGAGGUGGAGAGGAAGACCAGGAUUAUGAUUUAAGCCAACUUCAACAGCCGGAGACUAUGGAUCAUGUACUGAACAAGGCACCUGGAGUCAGACGAGUGGAUGAGAGACCCAUCGGUGCUGAACCCCAGUAUCCUAUAAGACCAGUAAUCCCCCAUCCUGGGGACAUUGGUGACUUUAUUAAUGAGGGUUUGAGAGCAGCAGAUAAUGACCCUACAGCCCCACCCUACGAUUCCUUGCUGGUCUUCGACUACGAGGGGAGUGGAUCUACUGCAGGCUCUGUCAGCUCCCUCAACUCCUCAAGCUCCGGUGAUCAGGAUUACGACUACCUUAACGACUGGGGGCCUAGGUUCAAGAAACUGGCGGACAUGUAUGGGGGAGGCGAGGAAGAUUAAACUGACCUCAUGUUCUUAUUUAAAAAAAAAAGGAAGAAAAACAUUUUAAAAAAAGACGAAAACAGGAAAAAAAAGAGACAAUGAAGAAGCAAGAACUGUACAGAAGUGGCAGCUUUUUUAAUUAAUAUCCCCUGCUGACUGUAUUAUUUUUAGUGGUGAUUUAGGAGGUUUUUCUUUUUGUUUUUUUAAUGGGUUUGGUUGGGUUUUUUUAGAACAUUGAGCUGUCUAGCAUGAACACUUGUCUCUGCUGCAUUUUUUUUUUUUUUAAUGUCAGCCGGGAUAUCACUCAUUUAUCCGCUUUAUGACUAAAGAGAGUGAAAGGCACUCUGUCUUAACUUGAAUUUCUUAGAACAGAAGCACUGUUUUUAAAAUAUAUAUAUAUAUAUUUGAAAGUGCCUUUUGGUACAUGUAUCAGAUUCCCUUCAAUCUCAGGAGUGAUCAAAACAAACAUACAAAAACAAAUGUUUCAACCAUCUUGAGCAGCACUCUCUAUGACCCUAAGCCAGUUCUAGCUGGGAAGGAGUUAACAAAAGGAACUGUGGAGAUUGUUUCUUUUUUGCCUUUUUUUUUUUUUAAGUGGGUGACUCGUUUUGGGGUGGGGGGAAAAAAUCUUAACAGCCAUCUUUAAGCCUAAGCAGGUGGUGAAUUAGUCAUAUUGUUGUAUAUAAUUCAGUUUUAUCAGAUGCAAAAUAUUGACUGGGGUUUCUCCUGUAACCUGGUCACACUUGAUGUAGCUGCAUAGAACUAUAGCAUUGAUAAGCCUUUGGUUAUUGCAACAAAAAAUCUCAAACAGACUUUGCAUAAACCCUACAGUAAAUCAUGAAAUGACCAAAGGCCAUUUGUUUGUUUUUUUGCUAUCGAUGUGUUUUUGGCUCCCCCAACCUUUUGAGUAGUGUAAAUAGAAGCUGGGUUACAUGUUGCUGUCAUGCAUCCAUAAUGAUGCUUGUUAGUAUGAAAAUCAAUGCUGUAUUCCUAGCUUAACCAUACACAGGGACAGAGCAUAAUCAGUAACCUCAAGACUAGGGCAGUGUUAAUAACUCGGACAGUUUAUCAGUACAUUACCAUGACAUUAGAAUAAAGUAGGUCUAGUACAAUAUUAAUGCCUUUGAGCAUCAGUAGCCAAAGCUCAACAGCAUCAUGUAACCCAACUAAUGUGUGUCCUUUAUAUUUGAUGGGUAGGCACUUCUAUCUAUAGUAAAUGUCUUUUGGAGAAGAAAAGCAACAAGGACCUAGUAAGUAUUUUGUGGUAAACAUGCUCAAACGUUGCCAAUUAAGCAAGAGGUUUUGCAGCAUCCAGACACAACGUCAGUAUUAUAAAUGGUAGCAUACUACCUAGUUUAUAUGUAGGGUCAGUUUAACCAAUAACAAAUAGUUAUUAGCUUUUUUAUUAUUAUUAUUAUUACAUUUUUCCUUUACUGAUUUGGACUAGUGGCUUUAUGUCUAAUGUUUGUAAAAUGAUUUAGACUGCAUGGAUGUGUAAUAUAAACCACAUUUAAUGGAUUAUGAGCCACUUAAUUCAUGUGCUAUGAAAUCUUGGAUUACCUAAGUUUUAUAUUCUGCAGACAAUUUUGCAGUGGGUUCACUAAAAAAUUGUAGAAGUGCUUAGAUAUAUUUUCAUUUAAAUCCAAGAAUGUGCACAGUAUCAGAAGGUGAUUAUCCAGGGGAUGAUCAUGCUUUUUUGAUAUGUAGAUUGAAUGCUGAGAGUUAAACAGGGGGGAAGCGGGAGAGAAAGUGUGUGCGUGAUAAUGAAUUGACAUUGUUUAAGAGGGAAUACUAGGCUGCAGGAUUGUGUCUAUAGAUUUUUAAAAUGCUCCUAGUGCAUUUUAUAUUUCAUUGUAUCAUAUUUUCUAUAAAAUGCAAUUUCUGUAAAUUAAUGAGCAUUUGAAAUGUGUCUUGUCUGAAAUGGAAUGUGGUAAAAGUAUGCUUGAGAGGACUCAAUCUCUAUCUUUUAUAUUAUUAAUUACCAAGUAUGCCGGGGGCGGGAGGGGGGUUGGUUGGCUUAUCCUUUCACCGUCCAGGAAAAAAACAAAACAAAAAGCGUACAUACAGGUUUCUUGAGGAGAGAAAAUUGUGGCAGGUAAUACCUGAGGAAACAAUGAGGAGUCCAGUGGUAACACAUCACUGUUGUUCAAAAGGUGCUGGUUAUCAGCAGAUGCCUCAUCUGGGAUGAAGUGCAGUGCAUGACAAAUUCAGUAUCUGAUGCCUUUCAAAAAUAUUUACCCCAUAAUUGGGAACUCAGCCUUCUUCAUCUUGCCACUUGCAGAGUCUGAAAACCUUAGUUCACUAGCACCACACACCCAGCCCAAUGUAACACACUAGCAAACUUUUCUAUACAGCAUCUGGCAAGUCAAGCAGUUUGUACCUGCUCUGAUACAUGGGGAAAUAAUGGCACUUGUACAGCAGCCCGUUUUGAAUUUCAGUCUCCUUGCAGAGAUUUGGCCGUUGGUCUUUAUCCAUGUAUUGUCUUGAUCCUCUUUCUUUCCAGAAAAACGUUUGACUUGAAUAGAUUAUAACCAGGAUGGAUGAUGCACCUGCAUGGAAACUGCCCAAUCGCAACAAAAUGAAUUAAUAAAAAACAUGCACUUAGUGUUUCUCAACUCUCAUUCAGUUGUUUGAAACCAUUAUUGUAACCUCCUUUUCAUCAGAGAAGGAAGAAACAAAAGGGGUGGAGGGAGUUAUCCAGUUUAUAGACACGAGAUGCAAGCAGUGCCCCGUUCUGUCUAGCUAGCAUGUUUCUUUCCCUCUAUGCAGACAGCCAGUCCCUGGAAAGCUUUACUCUAAGUGAAUAGCCAACCAGGAGUCAAACCUGAUGGUCCCCAGUUCUAAGUUAUGCUAUGCAAACCACUUGGUACCAGUUGGCUAAUGCAAGUAGUCUAAACAUCUGUUCUGGAAGGAUUGGUGUUACCUCUUGUGUCUUUGGGGGUGGAUUUUCCAAAAUAAAAACAGUAUGGUAGUAGUAUAGGUAAAAAUCCUGAACUGUGAUAACAAGAAGCUGAGGUUAGGGAGACUGUACAGCGUAACUAUGUACAAGUUAAUUUGAUUAUCCCAAUAAGUGGACUUACAAUAGAGAUGAACAAGACAUUUAUCCACCAACAGUAAAAAGGACAUUGCUAGGGUUAAGCGUAUCCCACCAUUUAGUGUUUACCGAUCCGAAGACUAACAGAAAUCUUUCAGUGGUUUAAAAUAAAAUAACCUGUUUCCAUUGGAAAUUUUAAAAAGAAACAAACAUUUCCCUGCAGCAUUUGCCCCUCCAAAUAUUACAGCCCAUGUUAGUGCAUAUGACCCAUUCAUGAAACAAAUUAAUCUGUUGUCUUCUGACCAAAUUUGACUCACACUUUCCCCAUAAGACCCCAAUGACGGCCAUGGGGGUAACUGUGGAAAGAAUCUGACCCAUUGUCCAAGCUGCGGGAUAUGCAGAGAAGGGAAGCACGCAGCAUAAAUAGCAAAAAUAAAUUCACUUUUUACAGUUUUUCACCUUUAUUAAGUUAGUUGGGGCUUGUAAGAUAGGCAAGGAAAUUUGCUUACUUUUAAGCUGACAGUGUCCCUUUAAAAAGAUGUUUGUAUCAAAGACACUUGAUUGGGAAUUUUUUGACAAACUUUUUCUUUUGCCAAAAAAUUCUGAUUUGUCAAAACCAAAAUUGUUCACAAGACAGGCUUGGGUUCAACAAAUCUUCUGAUGUGAAAAGUUUUGGGGGCAAAAAGUCCCAAUUUUUGAACUGGAAAAUUU